AUGGCCCAGUCCGACGUCAAACAGGAACUCCUGCACUCCAUAGAGUGGAUCAAGGCGCAGCAGGGCGAGGCGUACAAUGGUAAUGUGCCAGAGCUGAUGGCCGCGCGGCAGCGGUGUAUGCGCGCCUGCGAUGCGCUCAACGACUCGAGGGACUAUUCCCGACGUAACCAGGUAGAACUCUGGAGAAGCCUUACAUUGAACGAGCAACCCCUUCCACCGCGACCAGCCACGGAAGCAGAAGACGAGGCCUUGCUGGCGCGCGAGCCAUGCGUCAUGGCGCCCGUACGCGCGGAAUACGGAUUCAAUGUCCGGCUGGGAGAGGGAACGUAUCUGAACUGGAAUUGCACCUUUCACGAUGGCGCGCCCGUCACCAUCGGGGCACGCUCCGUCGUGGGACCAAAUUGUAGCUUCUACUGUGGAUCGCAUCAUCUCGACCCUCUCAUACGCAACGGCGACCUGGGGCCGUUUACCGAGAAGCCCAUUACCGUCGAGGAAGAUUGCUGGAUCGGAGGGAACGUCGUCAUCCUUGGUGGUGUCACAGUUGGCCGGGGAUGCACGGUCGGAGCCGGCAGUGUCGUGACAAAGGACAUCCCUCCAUUCCAUAUUGUCGCAGGGAGCCCUGCCAGGAUAAUGCGCAAGAUCACGAGUGCCAUGGACAAAUAG